AUGGACGAAGGUAUUUAUCGGAUGAGUUUUGCCGAAAGUCUACUUGUUUUAAUCGUUAUUGGUUUAUGGUUAUUGGCUGUUAUUAGUCUAGCAAGAAAACUUGAAAGAAUUUGUAAUCCUCCGUCAAUAUUUCCUAAUUAUUCGUUACACGCUAAAACAAGUGUAAGUCCAUCUUCACGUCGCGAUCGACAUUCAAACGAUUCAGUACAAUCAACACUUCCACCGCCAGUUAAUUUUGUUCGUGCAACAUCCGAACCAGCUAUUGAUGCAUCACCUCGAGCAACUAUUUACGUUCGUUCUCCAAGUGAAACAUGUUUACAUGUUAAAUCAACUUCAACAUUGCGUAUGUCAGCAAUGUCACAACAUUUAAAUUCACCAAGUACACUUGAAUUAGGCAAAAGUGGAAUGAGUAAUAGAGUUGGUUCACUAAAUAUUCCACGUACUAGUAGUUAUCAUAUUCGUGUUGAAACUUCUAAACGACCCGUAACAACACAAACAUUAUUAGAUCCGAAACGUAUACCAUCUAUUGUAAGACGAAGUCUUUUAGAUUUACAUCGACGUACUUUAUUUUCGAAUAAUGCAUCUAAUAUUUCGCCUAUUCGAUGUAUUGUUACAGCAGCAAGUAAUAAUUCAAAUGGUAAUGGACCACAUACAACAACAACAACAUCAUCAACGACAACAAGUGCUAAAGUUCCGUUAUUAAAUAAAUAUCGUAAAGCUAAUGAAACAGAUGAAGAUGAUUGGUAUCGAGGUAAAUUUAUUAUUCUAAUCACAGAAAUAUUCUGGAGAGCAUCCUGUCGAUAG